AUGGAACCUACUACCUACCAAGAAGUUGCACAAAUUGAAGAAUGGCGCAAAGCUAUGAAUGAGGAGCUGACAACUUUAGAAAGAAAUAAAACUUGGACCAUUGUGAAUUUUCCGCCUAACCAAAAUGCCAUAGGUUGCAAAUGGGUCUUCAAAGUGAAGUUCAAGACUGAAGGAACCAUUGAAAGGCAUAAGGCGCAUCUCGUUGCGAAAGGUUAUACGCAGAUAGAGGGCCUUGAUUUCCUCGAUACCUUCUCACUUGUAGCCAAGCUCACCAACAUUCGUCUUCUGCUUUCUCAAGCUGUUGUGAGCAAAUGGGAUCUAAACCAGCUGGAUGUGAACAACGCUUUUCUGCACGGAGAAUUGAAUGAAGAAGUGUAA